AUGGCGUUACGUCGGAUGACGCGGUAGCCGUGCGCCGGAAGUGAGGAGUCUGUGCAGGAGAGAUGUCGCUGGCGUUUGUACCGGAGCGGCUGCGGGCCCGGGCACAGGUUACGGAGGACAAUGUACAGAGGCUGCUGGAAGAGAACGACCAACUCAUCCGCUGUAUUGUGGAAUAUCAGAGCAAGGGGAGAGCCACAGAGUGUUCCCAGUACCAACAAGUUCUGCACAGGAAUCUCAUCUACUUGGCAACCUUAGCUGAUGCAAGUCCUCCUCCCCCACCCCCACCCAAACCAGCAUUCUAAACCGUGUGUGCCAGUCCCCUUCUCCAACCAUCCAACUACCUGUGUGUAUCUCUACA